UUCUGAUGUUUACAAAAAUUUAUAGUUCAACUCUACUACGUACUACACAUUUAUUUGUUUUUAUUGUCCUGAAAUUAUUUAAUACUUUCCUUAUCAAAACGAACGCUUUCAUUUGAAGAUAAUAACUUGUGAUAAUAGCUAACACAAAAAAUACAUUAAUAAAAUGUCUCUGCGGAAGCUAGUUGAAGGCGAUUGUGGUGGUGUAAAUCCACUUAUGCAGUUGGGUGGUCAAUUCACACGAGAUACUGCCCACAAAGAUGAAGGUUUCUCUGGCAAUCAUGCACAACCAUUUGAGUCGCGAUCAAUUAUGCCCGAAGAACAAAUGGUAAAUGAAUUUAUGGGACAAAUUUCUGGUCCACCACAAACAUUUGAAGUCACUGCACUUUUGCAAGAAAUGCGUGAAAUCGAAUCACAACGAUUUCUUCCUCAAGUUAUUAAUGCUCCAAGGGUUAUUGAUGAAGUGACACGCAACAGCUCUGAGUGGGCUAAGGAAUUCGGUCAGGAAACCUUAGCUUCCCAAGAAGGGGAACCAAUGCAUUUUGAUGAGACUUGGCGACAACCCAACAUAAUCAAUGUACAACCAGUCCAAGACAAUGUUACAAAUGUUCGCGAGUUCUUUGAUUUAAAUGAUAAUCAAAUAAAUAUGCCCCAACCUCUUCCUGCCCCGUACUUAGCCAUUUGUCCGGCAUACAUUCCACCUGCCACUGCUUCAUUUGGAGAUAAUGAACUCGGUGCUGUUGGUGGGCAAACAACAUCAUCAACUAUGGAAGAUUGGCUAAAUGACUUUCAGACUUCUAAGGAAAAACAUGAAAAAGCUACCGAUGAUUACAACUCAAAGUUCUUGCAACGACUGCAGGAAGAAUGGCAGAAGCUAUCGGACGAUAAUGGGGCGGAACAUCCUUGGUUAUCCGACUACACAGACAUGUAUGAUCCUUAUAAAGAGUAUACCUAUGUUGAGGACAAUCCAAUGGCAGAGGUAGAAAAUGCAUUUGAAAAGGGUAAAGAGUUCUUAGCUAGAGGGGACAUUCCAAGCGCUGUGUUAUGCUUUGAAGCAGCUUCUGUUCAGCAACCCCAAAAUGCCGAAGUUUGGGAACUACUAGGAAUUUGCCAAGCAGAAAAUGAAAUGGAUCCACAAAGUAUUGCCGCCUUAAAACGUUCUCUUGCUUUGAGGCCAAAUAACAUGAGAGUGCUGAUGGCUCUAGCGGUUUCCUAUACAAACGAAAGUUUGCAAAGCCAGGCCUUGAAAUCCCUCACAACUUGGUUACACUGUCAUCCUAAAUACAGCCACUUAGUUCCUGAGCAUUUAUUGGGACCUGCUUCUAACAGUUUGACGAGUUCCCUUAUGCGUGGACCGGAAUUAAAAGAAAUCCAACAUAUUUUCCUUGAAGCUGUUAAACAAAAUCCAAAUGAAAUUGACGCAGAAGUUCAGGAAGCUUUGGGUGUUCUUUUCAAUCUUUCAUCCGAAUUCGACAAAGCUGUAGAUUGUUUUCAGGCUGCGCUUCAUGUAAGACCGCAAAACGCCAAAAUCUGGAAUCGUCUUGGCGCUAGUCUUGCAAAUGGCAAUCGAUCUGUGGAAGCUGUUGAAGCAUAUCAGAGAGCAUUAGAAAUUGAACCGGGAUUUAUAAGAGUUCGCUAUAACGUGGGCGUGUGUUGUAUGAAUUUGAAAGCAUAUAAGCAAGCUGCUGAGCAUUUACUUACUGCUUUGAAUUUACAAGCAAGUUCGGCUGUACGAUCCGAACUGAAAGAGGGGGCGGCUUUAAGCAGUUCCUCCAGUCAAAUGUCUGAUACUAUUUGGACUACAUUUAAAAUGAUUAUCUCGUUAAUGGGUCGGACUGAUUUACAUGAGCAUGUCAAUCAUAGGAAUUUAGAUGCUCUUAAUGAAGCUUUUAAAGAUUCUCCAUAAGAUGGAGAUUUUAUA